AUGGAUCUGUUAGAAAAUACUGAGGGUGAUACAGUGCAUAGUGAUGCCGAGUGUGGUAGUGAGGAGUUUGAGCUGAUCUUCACCGACAAUAAUGGAGGUUUUGCUUCCAGAAGAGAGUGUAAGCAGUCCUUUGUUAAUGCGGCAAGGCUUGAACGACACUUAGCAGUCCAUCAGGUAUUCGGUGCAUACCUUUGUCCACUAUGUGGAAAAACUUAUAAAUACGAAUACAAUUUGUUUUUUCAUUGGCGUAAGACAUGUCAGUACCUUAACGAGUUGAUUGAAGUGGAACAGAGAAAGGAAAUGGAUGUCAACUCUCUUCGUCUCCUUGUAGAAGAAGUGGUAUUGAAAAGAAACGAGACUGAACCCGUUGAUAUUGGAAUAUCGGAAAAAGCACUUUUUCACGGAAAGCCGACAUCCAUGCUGGAAAUGCCGAUCGAUCCACAGAGUAGCCCUCUUGCUCGUGCAUGUACCAUUUGUGGUAUAUUGGUGCACAGGAACCACCAUCCUCAACAUGAGGCGCUUCACAGUGCAACAACGGAGACUGGUCUACGACUGUUGGAUAAGCAGUCACCAAGCGGUGGUUAUUUCUGUGAUCUAUGCGGUGUGGCUUUUCGCAGUAAAGAAAACCUCUAUUCACACUGGAGGUCUAGCUGUGUGGAGAUUAUGGCGAAUAUUGAGCCUGGUUCGGAAUUGUUUCUCAGUGAUUUGGAGUUAAAAGCAAUGGUGUUGGAUCUGCUCUGGAGAUUGAGAAGGGUAGCGCGCCAAACACCGCUACGUGCAAUUCGUACAAGAAGAGAAUAUGUGGAAGAAAUGGAGCCAUUAAUAAAUCUUGGAACAGAUGGUGGUGGUGGCAGUUCUUACAGUAGUAAUCGCAGAGCACCUGAGAACGGAAAAGUCCCAGUACCGUCUUCUGGUGAUCCUGAAGGGAAGGCCUUAGUCUUUAUGGAUGACUAUAUUAAUCCUGCUGACACUGUAGUCGAUGUUGACGGAGAACUGGUGAACAUUGUAUCUGUUGACCGAGGAAAAUGGAAUAUACCUGAAGAUGGGAAGCCACUAGAGUGUCCCGAUUGCUUCAGGCAGUUUGCCAACGCCGGUCGUCUCGAGCGUCAUAUCUCAGGAUUUCAUUCCCAUUAUGGACCGUUUAAAUAUGAAUACAACCUUCUUUUUCAUUAUCGUCAUAGCUGUGCGUACACCAAACUGCUUGUUGGUGCUGACGUUCGGAAAGUGUUGGAUGCUGCGUCUUUAAGAAAGCUGGUAUCACAUAUAAAACAAUCCGAUCCUCAACUCAGACCUGGGUGUUCACGAUUAAUCAAUAUAAAGCGACGUCCUUCGUUGAGAGCUGUUCCAAGAAACAUUCGCUGCUUUAAUGCUAACGCUGCGAAAGGCAAGCUGAAACAUCGUUUAAACGAGGGAACGAAGUGUCCGGUUUGUGGUAAGGUUUCAAAACUGAGUUCUCGAGUGCUGUCAUGUUUUGUAAAUCUUCGAGGGGUUAUGUUUUACGGUCAGAAAUCACUCGAUAAACAUAUUGGGACCGUUCACCUACUAAAUUAUGACUUUCUUGAUAAAGCUAUAACCCGCGAAAGCUCAUCUCCAAAAUUGGCUUGCAGCGCAAGUGAAGCAGAAAACGAAUAUUCGAGGUCUGUAUUUUCAAGUCAACCCUCUAAAUUGCCGGCUGAACAAGAUUCAGCUGAAGAGGAAGCGCCACCUGUUCUGGAAGCCGAGGGUCCAAGCGAAUCUGUUCCUUCCACUCGAUGUGUAGAUGUUAAUGGGGAAGAUAUUCAUGAUUUUGAUGCCGAACAGCUGUCUGAGCUAGAUUUGAUGCUUCAUACCGGACAGCUUUCACUUGGAGAUCUCGUGAUCACAUCAGUUUGUGGUGAAGACGUUGAGUACCGAAUUGCUGCUGGCACUCGUCAUGGAUCGCAAAUAAUUCUCGAAAAGAGCAAACCUUCCUGCACUUUGGAAGAUGAAGAUAUUAUGCUCAAUAAACCGGUGGUUCACAAUGUCAGUGAUGAUAUACCAUCUUCAGUCAGUUCUUCUCAGAAAGAAGUUCUUGACACGAAUUCACUAAACCAGGAGACGCGUCAAUUACAGGAUGAAUCGCGAAAUAACGAUGGUGUUUUAGAAUACGUGGAAGCAGGAGACUCACCACAAUACCUGAAUCAGGAAGAUGCUGAAGUUCAGUAUGAAUCUGACCAGCUUAUGCACUAUGAGAUACAUGAUUCUGAGGGACAUAAUAGAAGACGGGUUGUCCGAUUUUCUGAUGAUGGGCAUCAUUUGUUGGAAUACUUGGACGAUGAAAACUUCCAGUGUGAUGGUUUUGUGGAAUACGUUGAUGAUGAGAACGGGCAUCAAAUCAUUGAGUUUAUUGAAAAUGGCACAGAUAUGGUACAAUACUUAAUUGCUGAAAAUGUUAACGAUAGCGAAGUUAUUGCACUGCUAAAGUCUCAGACCCCAACUAACGCAGAAGAUCCGGAGAGGGGAAAACAGCACUUGGAUUCGAUUCUGGUUAAGCUGAGAAUUAUUCUCAUUAUGAGUGAGGACGAGGGCAUGUCGAUGUGUUAA